AACAGGGUAUAAACGUUUGUGUCAGUAUUUAAAAAAUGUAAAUAUAAAAAAGUUCUCAAAAGCAAGCAGAAGCACUAUAACUUUUAAGCCAUAUUAAUUUUAUUCUCUGAUCCAUAACUAAAUUUAACCACUGAUUCUCAAUAACAUCGAAUACCAAACCCAUACCAUAUAAACAACUUUUAAGAUGUAGAAUCUGUGAUAUUUGUGACCGGCACCAAUCACAGAAGUCCACGAAAUUUGAGAAUUUAUAGGGUGUUUAUAAUUUAUCACUCAUAGGGACGAGUCGAACAAAUGAAUAAUUUAUUUUGUUUUAUGUCAAGAAAAUAUAGUUAAGCUUACUAAAUCCAAAACGAAACAUAAUAGUGUUGUCGAAAAAGAUAUAAAUUUAUGUUUUCAUAUGAUUUUCUCACAAAUUGAGAUUGAACUUUAGCGACGUAGACAUGAUUCGUUUACUAUAUGUUGUCUUGAUGAUAGGGGCUUCCACGGCUCUUUAUCCUUCCAAUAGUGAUGUAGUGGACCUAACACCUGAUAACUUUGAUAAAUUAGUUUUAAAUAGUGAUAAAGUUUGGAUUGUGGAAUUUUUUGCACCAUGGUGCGGACAUUGUAAAAAUCUGGUACCUGAGUAUUCGAAAGCAGCUACUGCCCUUAAAGGAGUGGUACAGGUAGGGGCAGUAAAUGCUGAUGAGCAUAAAUCUCUAGGUGGACAAUAUAAUGUGCGAGGAUUUCCAACAAUCAAAAUUUUUGGUACAAACAAAAAGUCACCACAAGAUUUUAAUGGGCCGAGAACUGCUCAAGGCAUUGUUGAAUCAGCAUUUUCUGCAGCAAAGGAUCUUGCUUUGAGCAAGUUAGGUGUUAAAUCUGGUUCGAGGGAUGAUUCAAAGGAUGUAAUUGAGUUGACUGAUUCAAACUUUGAUAAGCUGGUUACGAAAUCAGAUGACAUGUGGUUAGUUGAAUUUUACGCGCCUUGGUGUGGUCAUUGUAAAAAUUUAGCACCGCAUUGGGCCAAAGCAGCCACAGAGUUAAAAGGCAAGGUAAAACUUGGAGCACUAGAUGCAACUAUACACUCGAGUAAAGCUAGUCAAUAUGGAGUACAAGGAUAUCCAACAAUUAAAUUCUUUGCACCAGGCAAAAAGCAUUCUGACUCUGUCUUAGAUUAUGAUGGUGGUAGAACUUCUAAUGACAUUGUUACCUGGGCACUUGAUAAAUUAGCAGAAAAUAUUCCUCCUCCAGAAAUUGUUGAAUUAAUUAAUGAAGAAGUAGCUUCCAAAACUUGCCUGAAGGCACCUUUAUGCAUAGUUUCAGUCCUACCUCACAUUUUAGACUGUAAUGCAGAAUGCCGCAAUAAAUAUAUUAGAAUACUAAAAAUUAUGGGUGAAAAAUAUAAGCAAAAAAUGUGGGGAUGGCUUUGGACAGAAGCCGGUGCACAAUCUGAAGUUGAGAAUGUUUUAGAAAUCGGAGGUUUUGGAUAUCCUGCUAUGGCUGUAGUGAACAUUAAAAAGAAGAAAUACUCUUUGCUAAGAGGAGCAUUCUCAGAAGAUGGAAUAAAUGACUUUUUGAAGGAUAUAUCUUAUGGUCGUGGUCAUUCAGCGUCAAUUAAAAAUAUAGAAGGGUCUAUAAUUAAUUCUGUAGAGCCUUGGGAUGGAAAGGAUGGAGUGUUACCUGUUGAAGAUGAUAUUGAUCUUUCUGAUAUAGAUUUAGAUGAAAAAGAUGAGUUGUGAGCGAAAAGACUUAUUUGUAAUAUAAGUAUAUAAAAUUAAAUUUGUAUGUGAUGUAAAAUCAUUCUAACAAAAGCUUCAGUUGAGGUAUUAAUUUUCUAAAUUUAUCUUUUAGUUAUGCAUUAUUAUGUACUAAUUUAAAGCUUUUUUUCUGGUUUCAAAUACUAAAUAUACAAAGCAUUACAA